AUGACAGCUUCACUAAUUUUAUUACCGGUAUUACUAAACAUACUCUAUCAACCAGCAGGAUCAUCUCUGCCUACCUUUUCCCCGGGAAACAAGCACCUCUGCGAGGGCUUUGGGUUUAACUGGGCUGCAGAGAUCAGGUGCCUACGAGAUAUAAUCAACGAUUGCGAAGAAGGAACACAAGAGAAGAGUAGAGGUGGACGAUCCCUACAACGGUCUGAAUUCCCAACAGACAACACUCCCCAAGCAGAUUACGGCAACCCAUACUCCUACCCACGUCCGUAUAGUCGAACAUACCAUCGCAACUCGAUAAGUCCUAUCAGACCGCCAGUUCCAAUGCCGAUUCCACAAAUUUCACAAGGAUGUAACUGUAAUCACGACAUUGAAGCAUUAGAGGCGAAGUUCGACAAAAAGUUAUAUGAAGUGAAGAUGCAUGCACAGUAUGAGACGGAGAAGGGGGUUGGAGACCUUCGAAAACAAUUUGAAACCGAUCUUAGAGAAUAUGAAAGGAUUACAACGAAGGAUAUCGUCGAGAUUAAGAGGCACCUCGACUAUUUGCAAGCACCUCGAAUAACAAAUAACGAUUUGGAGUACUUUUUUAUUCAGCGUGAAGAAAGUUGGUACACCGCAUCUGAGAAGUGCAUUGGAUAUGGUGCACACCUGGCAUCCAUCCACUCGCGACUUGAGCUCGGAUUUGUUCAGCGACUUGUGCCUGUAAAUCAAACUGCGUGGAUUGGAGUUAAUGAUAUACAGAAAGAAAAUGUAUUCAGGAAUUCUGACGGGACGCCUGUCGAUUUUUAUAAAUGGGGAAAAAAACAACCGGAUAACCAGGAACACAACGAGAAUUGUGUAGAAGUUGAUCACAGUGGGCAGUGGACCGAUAAACUAUGCAUUAUUACUAGGCCAUUUGUAUGCAAGAAAAAAAUUUAAUUGUUAUUUAUAUUACCAAAAAAAUUUAAAUGAUAAAAAUUCAGCCUG